GUUCGUACUCGUUCAAUUCAUCGUUCAUCGGUCUUUUACUUUUUUUGUUGAUAAUAUUAAUAAUGGCGCGCUUUCCAGUUUCACUUGUCGAAACCAGCUCGCAGGGCAUUGUGGUCUUUGUGUCAGAGAACAACUUUUCAGUUGCCGACAGCGCGGGCAAAAUAAUUGCCUCGACAUCCGAGUCCCAAGCCAACAGCAACAAUGUGACCAAGAUUUCCGGUCCCAGCGACGUCAACAGCAACCCAAGCGAUACGACGAUUCGCGCAGCCAGUUUUAGCCGCGACGGCCGGCUCUUUGCAAUCUGCACGGCAGACAAGGGUAUCAUGAUCUACGACACCAAGACAUGGGCGGUGCAGCGCCAGCUCAAGACGGAGAAGCGCACUAAUGCGAUUUGCUUUGAUCCACAGGGCGCCUUCCUUGUGACAGCUGAUAAAUUUGGCGACUCCUAUCGCAUCCCCACGGUGUCCGAGGGUCCUACGGAGAUGCUCCUGGGCCAUGUCUCCAUCCUGUGCUCCCUCGGCUUCUCGUACGGAUCCCCUACGUAUGUACUUUCGUGCGAUCGCGACGAAAAGCUGCGCGUGAGCAAGUACCCGAAUGCAUACAAUAUCGAGGCAUUCGGUCUGGGUCACCGCGAGUUUGUCACCAGUGUGGCGACCGCUGAGUUUGCGCCUACUGUGGCUGUAACCGGAUCCGGCGACGGCACUGUCAGACUGUGGCGUAUUUCCACAGGUGAGCUCCUGCAGACCAUUGAGCUUGCAGAGUACCUGCAUGUGUAUUACGAAAAUGGCAAGGCUUUGUGCGGUGAGAACACAUUCCAUGAUCGGUCGGCUGCCACCGAGCGCUACGGUGUGUUGAGGGUCAGAGCGGUCGAGGCUUUGGGUGCCUUUGUGGUGGCUGUGGAGAGGAUCCCGGCGCUGCUUGUGUUGCCCAUGGCGGAGAACAGUGGAUUUGGCAGACCGAUGGUCGUGGAUUUGGAGGCGGUCCCGACGGAUGUGGCUGCGCUCGGUGACCGUGUGAUUGUGUCGUUUGUUACUCGUACGGACCAGGGCGCCCUGGUGACGGCUAUCAAGAGGGACGGCGAGGCGUUUGGCGUGGAUGGGGAGCUGGCUCGGGCGCUGGCAGAGAACAUUGUGACUCGUGAGGCUGAGAGCGUGCCUGAGGUGCAGUCGAUCUUUGUGUGGGGCAACAAGAUGUUCUUGGAGCGUCCCCAAGAAGAGAACGAGGACGAGGAUGCCGAGUAAACAGUGCUGAAUGUCACCAAGCACGCACAAGUUGAAAUAAUGGUAAAUGGAAAUUUUUAAUAGAAUAUGAAAGAAAUAUAGAAAAAAGA